AUGGCAGUACGCUGGACGAGUGAUGAGGAAGAAGUCGUCCUGGAGGUGCCGGAUGAGAGCGGCAAGUCAACUGUCGACUCCUCGAGGUCGCCCUGGCGGCAGCUUUUGGAAGAGAUGGAAAACGCUGGAGUGACCGACACGAGUGUGAACGGUCAUGACCUUGUGGCAUCCACCAUGGCACCGGCAGUUGAUCAAGGUGGAACGCCCAACUAUUUGAUCAAGCCCAAGGCUACUCCGGUCUACUACCAAUACAAUGAGGUGUCGUCCAACUGCAAGUACACAAAUGUGGCAUCGUUCUUCAAUGCCGAUGAGCUGGAUGGUUCCAAGACCCUCACCAAGCUGUGGCGUGUGGCCUAUCUGCGGGCAGCCAACGAGUCCCUGCAGAAUUGCAAGCCGCUAUAUUUCUUCAAACAGCCUCUGGAUCUCGAUGCAGGGAGUGUGAUUCGAUUGGUGUAG